UAUAUAUCACACAUAUGUAGGGUGUAUACCAACAUUUCAAAUGUCAAAGGACGAAUCACACGGUCAGUCACUUUUUGCACGGAUCAUAAUCCAGCAGUGUAUUUCAGCAAAACUUCAAAUUAAUGCACAUGCUCCCAAUGAGAAUCCAGAGUUCGUUUCAAUAAGAAGAGGCAUCGUAGUAUAUGUUUGCUUCCUACAAGAUGCUAUAGAAGAGACUGCUAUCAAAAUGGCAAAGUCUGUGUGUAAUAUUAAACUCAGUAAAUCAUUAUCUGAAGAAUCCAACUCUUCUUUGGUCUCUGUUGUUGAACUACCUGGUGAUAUAUUAGUGGUUCCUCAAGCAACUCUUGGUGGAAAACAAAAAGGAAAUCGAAUGCAAUAUCAUGGAAAUAUAAAUAAAACAGACGGAGAAAAAUUAUAUAGAAUUUUUGUUGGAACUUUAAGAAAUAUUCAAGAUAAAAAUGAGUCUUGUCGCAAUAAUAACGUACGAACGGAAUCUGGAACGUACGGAAAUUUACAAGUUUUAUCUGUAGAGACUAAUGGUCCAUAUACACAUGUUUUGAAUUUUUAAGUUAGAUAAUAUC